ACCAAGCAACUUUCUUUGUUCUUCUCUUUAUCAUGAAAAAUUCAAUUAUUUUCAAGUGAACGUGAUCUGCGAUAAUGUGUUGAAAGUGACGAUAUCAGGAGUAAGUCAACACCUAAUCUGAUUCGAUGUGUGAUUAAGACCAUCUCCAUCAGAGUGUCUUAACAGGGGGUUCCAAAGAAAAAAAUAAUAAUAAAUGAAAAAGUAUGAAAAACCCAAGUUGUUAUUCGACCUGUCUUUUGUGUCUCUCCUCUCCUCUCCUUCGUCGGUGAAAUCAAGCGUCCAUCUUCUCCGACUAUUCCAAUGUGGUGAGGAUCCGGAGCAAUCGAAGCUCCGAGCUGGGUUGGACUCUGCGAUUGUGAGGGAGAAGCCUAACAUUAAGUGGACUGAUGUCGCUGCAGUUCUUCACCGGAAAGAGACGGCCUUGGCGAGCAAUGGUUUCAUGUUUAGCUUUACUCUUGUCUUUUGUUAUCUCCAUGUGUAGAUUAGCGUCGAUGCCUAAAACGUUACGAUGAACAAUAGAAUCUGAUCUGAUCGAUUUAGCUGUUGUGUGUAGAAGGUACUGGCUAAUGUAUAGUGUAUGUUUCUGUGUGUUGGAACAUGGAAAGUGAUUCUAGAGUCAGCGAUCUUGACAACGGUUGUGGUGCUUUCCCUCACCGUGUACACCUUCUGGGCUGCUAAGGGAGGAUAUGACUUCAACUUCCUCGGACACAGGUUCUGCCUCUUGUAAUUGAUCGUUUCAAAGUGUCAAAGUUUCAGUUUUUUUCUUCUCACUACAAGAAAACAUGCCGAAUUCUGACGGAGUUUCCGACGGACUUCAAUGUCGUCGGACGUUUGUGACGGAUUUCCGACCAAUUUCCGACGAAAACAAAAAAUUUGAGAUCGUUGGAAUUCCGUCGGCCAUUUCCGAUGAAUAUCCGAGGAAACAUGAGGUUAAUAUAGCGCCUAAUCCUAUAGCUUGAGCCAAGCGAGAUACCUUUACCAUCUCUGCCAACACAAGUUGCUUCUUUUUUUACUUUACAUUGAUACCAAUGAAAGAUGUUUCCUUUGUGAUGAUGAUGAAUGUGUUAGUUAUGAACUUAUGAUAGAGAUUACGGGUGGGAAAUUGUGUUAGUUAUGAACCUAUAUGUGUUUUUUCUUUUAAAUAAAAGGGCGUGGGAUUAUGGGUGGGAAAUUGGUGAUUGACAUAAACACCAUCUUAGUCUUAUGGCAAUGUCAGAAAUUGGUGAUUUGUGUUUGUAUAUUAUAUGAGUUCUGUAACUCGUGAUAGGUUAAUAGUACAACGGAGAGGCCAAGGAUGUGCGUGUUUCGCUCAAACAAGCAUCUUUAUGUGCAAGUGAUCGAUGACACCAAGAUGCACACUUUACCUUCUGCUUCCACCAAGCAGAAACCUAUCUCUGGGGAGUUUGAAUACACUUCUGGACCUACCAUUUUUUCAGAAUUUGCGGGAAUUAACGCAUAUGUUCGGUAACCUCAUCGAUACUCCCGUGAAUUUGAGCUAUCCAAGAACCAUUCUCUCUCGGAUUAAUCCUAAUAAACAUAGAAGAAUGGUAGAAGAAGCAAAAUGUGUAGGUGCAUUCGUGACAUUGAAGGUUGGUGACUAAAGGGUUUCACGAGAUUUCUCGACGAAGAAGAUGAAGAUCUGUUAUUUCCACUGUUAGGUUAGUUAUAUAAUCUAGUAUAUUCAACAAUAUUACAUUAAACGUGAGUUGCAUCAGUGGUUUAAAUUUCUUGUCAAACGUAGUUUUAAAAUCCGUCAAAAUAUACACAUCAUACACGGCUACUAUAUGUAAGGGUUAUAUUGUGAAUUGAAUGGAGUUGAUAGGUUUGACUUGCACUUUUUAGGUUUUUUUUUUUGCAGAAAACCUUUUUUAUUUAUGGGCAAUUGUCCAAAAGAACAUUUUUCAAGUUUAUGUCACAAAAAUGACACCAGGAAAUGAAAGUCACAAAAAUGACAUUCAUUAAAGGGUAAAAUGUCACUACUACCCUUGUGUUAUAAGAAUAAAAAAAAAAACAAUUCAUUUCCUUCACUCGCGACUCUUCGAACCGUGUCGUCUCCGGCUCGGGAAUCUUCAAACCCUCACCGGCACUGUCGUCUCCGGCUCGCGAAUCAUCGUCUCCGGCUCGGGAAUCAUCUUCUCCGGCUCGCUAAUCAUCUUCUCCGGCUCGCUAAUCAUCUUCUCCGGCUCGCUAGUCAUCUUAUUCGGCUCGCUAAUCAUCUUCUCCGGCUCGCUAAUCAUCUUCUCCGGCUAUCUAAUCAUCAGCGUCACACUCUCUACUCUCAAAAUCGGACACAAAUCACUAUGUAACUUUUUAAAAUUAGGGUUUUUGAAUUAAAAUUUGUGAAGCUUGCGUUUUGAUUUUGAUUUGUUUGUUACUCUUUCUUAUUAACCAGCGAAGCAAAUGAAAGACUUUUGAAUUGUGGGAACACAAAGUUGUUGGAGCAUAAUUCAUCUCUUUGAGGUAUGUUGCAGAUUCAACCUUCUGUGUGUUUGUACAAAUUUAUAAAAUAAAAGUUUGUUGUCUCUUGCUGCAUCUAUUGAAUGUUUUUAGAAGAUUUCCAGAAAGCAUUUGUUGCUGCAUCUAUUGAAUGUUGAAUAUUGAAACUCGGAUGGUAACACAUUUUGAAACUUUUUUGCUUGGAGUCUUGUUUUGAUUAGGAAUGUUGAUAUUUUUGAUAGGGUCUUGAAUUUGCUUAUGAGUCUUUUGUUGCUUGUGAAACUGUCUAGUGUUUAUAAUAAUUUCAGGAAGCAUUUGUUGUGUUAUUUCAGGAAAGCCUUCCAGAAAAGUUUGAAAUUUUUUUUUUCCUUGUUUACGCAGGAUAGAAACAAGAUGGGAGAUUCAGUACCUCUAAAACUAGCACUGCCAGAGCUGAAGUAUCCUAUUGGUUCACAGCCAAAGCAAAAGUCAGCAAUCAACCAAUAUUCCGGCUCAGAGUAUAUCUCCAUUGUUGACAGCAUCCUAAAACCAGAUGAGAUGAUAAGAGUCCGAGGAUCAUUUCUGGGACCUAUAAUGAAGCUCAGUGAGAGAGGAUUGAAGUUAUCAGCAAAGAUGGUCUACGCCAUUCUCACUAGAAGCAUCGUUUCUGUCAAGGAGAAUGAAGCCUGGUUCCAUUUCGGUGCGCAGCCAAUGAGGUUCUCUAUAAGAGAAUUUCAUAUGAUGACAGGCUUGAAAUGUAGUGGUGCAUUAGAAGGACCACGAAGGGAAACCGAUAGAUUUAAUUGGGAAUUGCUAAAGGGGCGUAGUCAUAAGUUAAGUGACGUGGUGGAACAGCUCAGAAACACAAGAGAAGAUGCUUCUGAGGAGAGAGUAUGCCUCGCAAUGCUCAUCCUGGUAGAGAGCAUAUUAUUGCGGAAGAGCAAAGGAGGGAGUUUUCCUUUGGAAUAUGCGAAAAAUGCACAGGAUAUGACAUAUCCAUGGGGAAAAGAGGCUUACAUUGUGCUCCUGAAGUCAAUUCAAAACGCUGUCGCGAAUCAUUUGGAGAAUAAAUCCAAAUUUGAGUUGCAAGGUUAUCCUCUAGUAUUCCUUCUUUGGAUACUAGAGUCGAUUCCUUUGCUAAGGAAUAAGUUCAGUAAGUGUGUACCAACAGUUGAGGUUCCUGGGCCGACUUACUUGUGUGAAAAAUACACUGAGGUAGAGAAUCCAUCACUUGAUAGGGUUUUACAGGUUGAAGCUGAUACAAAGGUAAGCUUUUCCAAGUAUAUGUUUCUCAGUUUAUUUGGCUUCUUCUUUUUAAUAUGUUUCUCAUUGGUCUUUUUUAAAAUACUCUCAGCUGAAGGUCCAUUGCAUACUACCUUCUAUUCCUCAUGAUCCAGAAGAUGAUAUCUCCAUUGAAGACAAAUAUAGUGACGAGCUGGAAACACUGAAAGAUGUAACAAAGAAAGGGUA